AUGUCAUCUGCUCCAGUUAUCUUAAGAUUAGGUAGUAUUAGAUACGCUCAAGAAGCUUGGGCCAAUGUUGAGAAAAAAUAUAAUGUCUUGGCCAUUGAAUCUGAUAUGACCCGUGAAAAAUUCUUGAAAGAAUUGAAAGAACCAAACGGUAGAUUCUCCACAAUUAAAGUUAUUUCAAGAACUUACGAAAGUAUUGCUUUAACUGGUAGAUUUGAUGAAGAAAUUGCCAAUGCUUUACCAAAGAGCGUUAAGGCUGUUUGUCAUCAUGGUGCUGGUUACGAUCAAAUCGAUGUCGAACCUUUAAGAAAGCUACAAAUUCAAGUUUCUCAUACACCAGGUGCUGUUGAUGGUCCAACAGCUACUACUCAUGUUUUCUUAUUAUUGGGUGCUAUGAGAAACUAUUCUAUUGGCUCCCAUAACUUACAUCAUGGUUUAUGGCCAGGUAACGGUUCUGGUGCUACCGCCCCAAUUGGGCGUGAUCCAUCUGGUACCGUUGUCGGUAUUAUUGGUUUAGGUGGUAUUGGUAGAGCUAUUGCUCAACGUUUACAACCUUUUGGUUUCAAGAGAAUUGUUUAUCACAACAGAGAAAGAUUAGAUCCAAAAUUGGAAUAUGGUUGUGAAUUUGUUUCAUUCGAUGAAUUAUUAAAAGUGUCUGAUGUUAUCUCUAUCUCUAUUCCAUUAAAUAAAUCUACUCACCAUAUGAUCAACAAGGAAGUCUUUGAAAAGAUGAAGGAUGGUGUUUGUCUUGUUAACACAGCUAGAGGUGCUGUCAUUAAUGAAGCUGAUUUAAUUGAAGCUUUGAAAAGCGGUAAGGUUAGAACUGCCGGUUUGGAUGUUUUCGAAUUUGAACCAGAAGUUCCAAGUGAAUUAAUCAAGAUGCCACAAGUUUUGGAUUUACCACAUAUGGGUACUUACACUGUUGAAGCUGUCAAAGGUAUCGAAGAAAAAUGUAUUUGUAACGUUGUCAGUUAUUUGGAAACUGGUAGAGUUGCUAAUCUAGUUUUCGAAGAAAAAGAUGACGAUUGGGUUGGAAAAUAA